CGGCGUCUGCCUCUUCACCCCCAGUAUUGCCCUGCUUGACGCACGCGUGCUGACAGGGGAGGGGAAAGGGGAAAGCUUCUCCCGCACAUAGCUCGCGGUCAGGGCACACGGGAGGAGAUGCCCGGCCAGGGUCCAGUGUCCGAGUGGACGGAGUGCAGUUCUUCCACAGAGCCGCCCACAGGGGCCAGGGCCGAGGGUGGCGGCGGCGGAUCAGCUGGAUAUUCUUAUUACCAGAAUUCCAAAGGUAUUGAUAGAUUCAAAGAUGGACACAAAAUGAACUCACACAUAGCCAUGCUGCAAGAGUUAUGGAAAACGCCUCAAGUUCAAACAAUUCACAUCCCUAAGUCAAUGACAGAGACAUCCUUUCUAAAGCAUCCAGACCUCACCUUAGGCCAGAAGCGUUACCUGUGCAGCAUUGCUAAGAUCUAUAAUGCAAACUAUCUGAGGACGUUAAUGAAGAGGCAGUACAUGCAUGUGACCCAGCACAGCUCACAAAAACCAGGUGUCCUCACUCAUCACAGGAGCCACCUCAGUUCUCGUUACUCACAGAAGCAGCAUUACCCCUGCACUACAUGGCGACACCAGCUGGAGAGAGAGGACUCGGGGCCUUCUAACAUUGCAGCUGCAUCUGCACCUGAGAUGAUCAUACAGCAUUCCCUUUGGCGACCAGUGAGAAACAAAGAAAGUUUAAAAACUGGAUAUGCAUCUAAAACAAGAUGUAAGUCGCUGAAGAUUUUUAGAAAACCAGGCAGACUGUUCAUGCAAUCAGUUUCCAUAAAUGAUUCUGAAUCAUACAUGAAUGAAGAAAAAAAGGAAGAUGAUUUGCUAAAUAAGUGUAUGCAAUCAAUGUCAAUUGAAGAACACGGAGAACAUCUGAUGCUAACUUGACAAUCUUGAGUAUUGGUGAUGUGCCAAAGGUGGGGGGAAGGGAUUGUGAAUCGUGUCCUCUCUACAUUCAGUAUUGUUAUUCACCACUAAGUCAUUAAGUAAUUUUAGUUUGUUCAGAAACUUUUACUACCAUGUAAAUGGUUUGAUGUAGUUCCAUGUACGAAUAUUUUGUGUAAUAAAAUUUGUGUGAAAUAUAUGCGUGUAGUCCUAGCUAGGUACAAUUAAAAUUCUUCUUGUCACCUAAAA